AGUGCUAACCCAAAAUGCACGUAGCCAACGUUCUGCGAGCUUCAUGUAUCUUUUGGGUUUCCGUUAGCUCGAACAUGAUGAUGACCAGCACCACCGAGGAGUCGGCAGCCUUCCAGCCCUACUUUGACUUUGACGUGCCCCGCAACCUUACCGUGACCGUAGGUCAGACCGGUUUCCUGCACUGUCGGGUGGAGCGACUCGGUGAUAAGGAUGUGGCCUGGAUAAGGAAACGUGACCUACACAUACUGACGAUGGGUGCUUCAACGUACACUUCCGAUCAGCGAUUUCAGGUUUUACGACCGGAAAGCUCCGUCAAUUGGACGCUGCAGAUUAAGUAUCCCCAGGUUCGCGAUUCCGGCGUGUACGAGUGCCAAAUCAACACCGAGCCGAAAAUGUCCCUGUCCUACACACUCAACGUCAUCGAGCUGCGGGCGCGAAUCCUGGGACCGUCGGACAUAUUUAUCAAAUCGGGCAGCGAGAUUACACUGGUCUGUGCCAUCCAGCAGGGCCCCCACGAGCUGGGUACCGUCUUCUGGUACAAGGGAAACACGCUCGUCGAGUCGUCCACGCAGGAAAACGACUAUCUUGCGGGUGAAAACCGACGGAUUUCGAUCGAGACCGAUUGGACAGAUGUUCUGACGUCCAGAUUAAGGAUAAAGCGUGCGGUCCAGAGCGAUACCGGCAACUAUACCUGCGUCCCGACGAUGGCCAAGUCGGCGAGCGUGUACGCUCAUGUAAUUAGCGGAGAGCAUCCUGCGGCGAUGCAACACAAUUCAGCAGCAUCGGACCCGCGGCCAGUGGUGCUGCACGCGCUGUACGUCCUUUUAUCGCUUCUCGUGCUAAUUCCGGUGCAUCUGCCCCAGCCGGGCACGGGCCCGAAGAUGAUGAAGUCGUCCGGUCCGGCCGGGCACCGGCAGAAAGAAACCUGCGCCGAAGGCAGCACCGGCAGCAGCAGCUCAUCAGAAGUGUCGAUCGUUUUUUGCUGCAGUACCCACACUUUCCACGCGUACCCGAGCUAACAAGAACCGGAUGCUGCCCAAGCGGACACAAAUCGCUCUAUCCGGCGAUUGCCCGUAGGCGGCGCACCGUAUCUCUAAGGAUUCGUUCAUUCGUUCGCCGGCAAGGACUCCGGCUCACCUCCCACGGCACGUCCCAAUCAACCCGCGAUCACCCUCACCUACUAGUUUCUUGCCACUACUACCACUGUCUGUAGCGUAGCCCGACGCAGCUAGAUGAGUACUGUACAGCCAUUAUAGUUACGGGGAGCUCGAUGGGGAGCCAAAAAAUUGCAUUCUUAGUGAGAGUUUAGAAAUGUCAUACACUCCUUUAAAAAAGAAUAGACAAACAGACACUGAAAACUAAACUGAUAACGCCGCGGGAGCUAUGCGGCGCGCGCCCGCUCCCGGAGACACACAGGACAACAAAUCAACGGGCGGAACCGAAUCGGUGACGGGCGGUCGGAUUGAAUUACACAAAACAUAGCACGGUUCCUUUGUAGCGCACGGAUGCUGCGGGCGACAUGAAUG